AUAAGCCUCUUUAAUUUAACUUGUCUUUAACACACUGUCACAAUAAAAGUUUGUCCAAAUUUACGAUGUUUAAAAAAAAAAUUACUUUAGAAUACAUAUUCUUUAAUUAAACUUUAACGCGGCAAAAAAUAGCGGGAAUUAUACUCGUUUUUCGGCUGCCCGUCGGUUGUGGAGUGAGUGUACUAUUAAAUUUAAUUCACAUAACUCUUUGCACGCUAUUUGUAAAAAUGGCAUCAAAGAAAUUAAGCAAAGCAAAGUUUUUAUCCGAAGAUUUAAACGAAUUGCUAAAUGAGUCUCAAUUUUUAAAAGACUCUCCUACUCCAAAAAAAGGUGCAAAAAGGCAAAGAAAUGAUUUGACUGAAGAAGAAGGUAUUGCCAAACUAAUUGGUCACUAUCAAAGUAAUUCUAAAAAAAAGAAACUAGAAGUGAAUGUAGAAGCUUGUAAAGAAUCACGCCAGAAAAUAUUAGAUGUUAUGAGCCAUCAAUUAGAUACAAGAAAAGAAAGAAGCGACAACCUUCUAAAAAGUUUGUCUGAAGUUAUGACUCAGUUGGAAGCAGACUGUAAUGCCAUGAAAGACAAUGAAAAAAAAUUAGAACAUUUAACAGGAGCUGUUGUUAAGUGCAUGCAGCAAGCUACAACAGCUCAUAAACAAAAACUUAAAGCCUUAAAGGAUAUUCACAAUUCCUUCAAAAAACAGUGUGAAGAAAUGGAGGCGGAUCACAAAGCUGAAACUGACAAACUAGCAGAAGAAUUGGAAGAUGAUAUUAAGAAAUUGCAACAGAAAUUGAUAUCUGAAACAAAAAGAAGUGGUUGGGAAAAUCUUCGCAGGACCAUUUUUCAUGCUAUGCAAAAUGAUUUUUAAUGCUUUUUCAACUUAUUUUUUAUAAAUUACUAUUUUCCUAGAGUUUAAAUUUAAGCACAUAAUGUAUUUUGGUACAACAAAAACUUGUAGUUAAUAAGGUCCAAAUGCUGAAAAAUAAAUGGAUUGCCUACAGAA